CCACUCUACCCUCUGGAGCUUGCUUGCUUGCUUGCUCUAUAAAGAGUCUCCGAGUCACCCCACAUUCUUCACUCCGGUCACCGUCCGAAACCCUCAUCUUUCUUCUCUAACACGCCCUCUUCUUUUCUCCAACGCCAAGUCUCUUCUCUUUGUCUCGUUUCGCUCUCGAAGACUUCUACCUCCCCAUUGGUCCUGGUCGAGAUCGUCUCUGCUUCCCAAUUUUCAAAGCCGAUUUCAGCUGGAAUCCGUGAAUGGGUUCCUUCUUCCUCGAAAAUCAGGAGAAUGAGUGGGUUUAGGGUUUGAUCGAGAGUGGGAGGAGACAUGAAGCGGAGGAGCUCUCACUGUCGAUGGAUCAGAAAAGUCUUGGCGUUGCUCUUGCUGAGCUUCUGCACGGCGAGUUUGGUUCUAAUGCAAGCGAAUUACAGCCAUAUAACGAUACUGAGUUCCUUAGUUUCGCAUGAGGCGGUUGAUCAGAAGCCAAAGAUCGCCUUCCUUUUCAUUGCGCGGAACCGGCUUCCGCUGGACUUGGUCUGGGAUGCCUUCUUCAAGGGAGAGAAGGAGGGUAGGUUUUCAAUUUAUGUACAUUCGAGGCCUGGCUUUCUAUUCAAUAAAGACACAACAAGGUCUGCUUACUUUUAUGGCCGUCAGGUCAACAACAGUAUACAGGUGGACUGGGGCGAAUCAAGCAUGAUUGAAGCGGAGCGUAUUUUGCUUAGAAAUGCACUCAAGGAUCCAUUUAAUGAGAGAUUUGCUUUUGUAUCUGAUAGUUGCAUACCACUAUAUAAUUUCAGUUAUAUAUAUGACUACAUAAUGUCAACAUCAACAAGCUACCUGGACAGUUUUGCUGAUACAAAAGAAGGUCGUUAUAAUCCAAAAAUGCAUCCUAUAAUUCCUGUACAUAAUUGGAGAAAAGGGUCUCAGUGGGCUGUUUUAGUCAGAAAGCAUGCUAAAACUAUGGUCAAUGAUGACAUAGUCUUCCCUGAAUUUCAGAAGCACUGCAGAAGGAGAGCACUACCAGAGUUUUGGCGGGAUCAACCUAUACCCGCAAACGGGUGGAAAGAGCAUAACUGCAUACCAGAUGAACAUUAUGUACAGACUCUACUUGCGCAAAGAGGACUUGAAGAGGAAAUAACUCGAAGACCCUUGACCCAUACUUCAUGGGAUUUAUCAUCUUCAAGAGACAAGGAAAGGCGCGGAUGGCAUCCAGUGACAUACAAGCUUUCAGAUGCUACUCCUACUCUUAUGGAAACUAUCAAGGGCAUUGAUAACAUAUACUUUGAGACAGAAUAUAGGAGAGAAUGGUGUACAAAACGGGAGCAACCAGCCCCAUGCUUCUUAUUUGCUAGGAAAUUUACUCGAGCUGCUGCACUUAGGUUGCUUAAUUUGUCCAUGCUUGCGCUUAAUUGACCCAUCCAGCUCCAAUUACGCCGCUAGAGCAAAAUGAAGAUAGUUCUCUCACUCUCAUCAGAGAAGCCACAAGAAAUAUGUCAAUGCAAAUGAUGUGUUGUAUGUGUGUUUUAUUAUUAUUAUUAUUAUUUGUAGUUGUAAACUCAAACCAUAGGGUGAGGGUGCAUCCAUACUGCUGCUUGAGCUGCGAGAGCCACGAAGCAUAUGACUGGUAAAACAGCCACAGCCAUGCUUCGCAAUAUAGGAGCUCAGAUGAGUCAAAGAGCACUAAACUAAGUUAUAUCCUAAAAAAAAAAAUAGAAUAAAAUCAAAUUCAAACA